AAGGAAAGAUGGCGGCUGCAGGAGAAUAGGAGCGGGACGCCGGACGUUCAGCUUGAGCCUGGGCCGAAAAUCGAGUCCGGUGCUUCUGCGUGGAAACGUCGGAGACCUCGGUGUUCAGUGGGAGUGUCGGGGGUGUUUUGGUCUGAUUUCCGUGAAGCUGGGAGCCCGAGAAGAGUGAAAAAGACCAGGAAAAUAACAACAACAACAAUAAUAAUAGUUCACUGAGACAGAAAUAGAGGAGAAAAGGCAGAAAUGAGAGGCAGGAGAGGCAGAGCGCCGAAGUCCGAUCUAGCACUGGGAGGUCCGGGAGCCCCAGCCCGAGGUGCCCGGGGUAGAGGAGCCCGGGGCCGUGGCAGAGGGGGCAGAGGCCGCGGCCGGGGUAGGGGGGGCACACCGCGGGACUCAGAGUCUGUGGUGGCUGCAGGGGAGAACCAGCCGAGCUCCAGGCGGCGGCGGUGGAAGUGGAAAGGAAGGAGGAGGAGAGCGGAGGCGGGAACGGAGAGGGGCGGGAGUCGCGGCGGGAGCAGAGGGAGACGGAUAGCGGGGAAAGCGGAGUACGAUGACCGGGACACUGAAGAGGAGGCGGAGGAGGAGAGCCUGCGGUCCGAGGAGGAGGAGGAGGAAGGGGAGGGGUUCGCACGCUACUCGGAUGGUGAUUAUGUUUAUGGAGAUGGAGAUGAAGACGAUGAUGAAGAAGUGAUAGACGAAGACGACGGGUCGGAUUAUGUGGCGGAGGGAGAGGAGGAGGAGGAAGAGGGGAGCAAUUUACACGGAGACACGCCAGGCCGCAGAAGGUCGCGAGUGUACCGUCCACGUGCUCCAGUAUUCGAGGAGAAAGAUGUCCCCCCUCUUGACCUUCCAAAAUCCUCAGAUGACCUACUGGUCCCAGCGACGCAUCUCCUUACCGCGGCCUCAAUCUACGAGGUGCUGCGGAACUUCAGCUCGGUUCUGCGUCUCUCACCAUUUCGCUUCGAGGACUUCUGCGCCGCCGUGUCGGGACAGGAACAGUGUACCCUGCUGGCCGAAACACACAUCGCCCUGCUGAAGGCCAUACUGCGCGAGGAGGACACCUCCAACACCAGCUUCGGCCCCACCGACCUGAAGGACAGUGUGAACUCGACGCUUUACUUCAUGGACGGGAUGACGUGGCCUGAGGUGGUCCGGGCUUACUGCGAGAGUGACCCGGAGUACCAUCACGUCCUGAAGUUUCAGGAUGGAGAGGACUAUCCCUUCGAACCACUGGAGAGCAAGCUGAAAGUGCUGCAGUUCCUGGUGGAUCAGUUUCUGGCCACUAACCUGGCGCGGGAGGAGCUGAUGUCAGAGGGUGUUGUUCAGUAUGAUGACCACUGUCGCGUGUGCCAUAGCCUGGGUGACCUGCUGUGUUGUGAGACAUGUUCUGCUGUGUAUCAUCUGGACUGUGUGCGGCCGCCGCUGCGUGAGGUUCCAGAGGAGGAGUGGCAGUGUGAGGUGUGUGUAGCUCACCGGGUGCCAGGUGUGUGCGACAGCGUUACGGAGAGUCAGAAGACCCGCCCCUACUUCCGGCAGGAGCCAGUUGGAUUUGAUCGCCACCGCAGAAAGUACUGGUUCCUUACACGCAGGAUCAUAGUUGAGGAGGAUGGAGAGCAUGAGAACAAAACGAUCUGGUAUUACAGUACGAAGGUGCAGCUUGCGGAGCUGCUGUGUGCGCUGGAUAAGACCAAAUGGGAGAAGCAGCUGUGCCGCAUGUUGGAGGAGCUGCGGGAGGAGAUCCACGCACAUAUGGACAUCACAGAGGAGCUCACCAACAAGGCCCGCGGCAACAACAAGUGCUACCUCACUGCUGCUAAUGAGGAGAUCCUGGAGCGUAUAAGGGCCAGACAGGAGGAGGAGAUGGAGGAGGUAAAGAGGAGGGCAGCAGAGGAGCUGGAGAGACUGAAGAAGGAAGAAGUGGAGGUUGAGCCUUGCGCAGCUGAGGAGGAGGAGUCGGAAAAGCCUGUGGAUGAAUCUCCACAGACCCAAACAAGCACUGAAGAGGCCACCCCUACAGCUGAGGUGCCCUCUGGUGGUGCAGUGAAGCACUGCAAUUCAGAGUCCCUCAGUCCAGGGGACUCUGGGGCCUCCGCCCCUCGACUAGCGGAGCCCUCUGGGUUAGCUGCAGUCACUGAAUCUCAGCAGAGCUCCAGAGACCUGGAGGAUCUGCCUGUGACGGCAGAUAAGUCCUUAGGUUCCGGUACUGAUGCUGGGGAGGUGGUCGCCUCACUGCGGACCCCCCAGACAGCCGAUGAGAGCAGCAGAAGUAGUCUGAGUAGGAUGGAUGAUCCGGACGGUGCAGAGAAGGCUUCCGUAUCCAGCCAGGAGGAGAAGGGCGAGGGGAAAGAGAAGAGCAUUGGAGAGACACCAUUUGGAGUGAAGGGGGCAAUGACAGCCACACGCAUGGUCACUCGACUGAGGAACCCAGACAGCAAACUUAGUCUGCAAAAGAGCCAGCAGGUGGCAGCAGCGCUACAUGAGGCCAAUAAGGGAUACAAGGAGGGAAAAGAGGUUCUGGUGGUAAGCCAGCAGGGAGAAGUUGCCCGUCUGAACCCACGCAACUCCAAAGACCUCGUCAUGAAGGGCUCGCUGGGCUCAUUCUUCCGCCUGGGUCAGGAGGGCAAGUACCGGGUCUAUCAGAACCAGUACAGCACUAACGCUCUAGCCCUCAACAAGCACCAGCAUCGAGAAGACCACGACAAGCGCAGACACCUGUCGCACAAGUUCUGCAUGACCCCUGCUGGAGACUUCAAAUGGAACGGCUCUGUGCAUGGCUCCAAGAUGCUGACCAUCUCUACGCUGAGGCUGACCAUCAUCCAGCUGGAGAACAAUGUCCCAGCACCCUUCCUGCACCCCAAUUGGGCCUCUCACAGAGCUAAUUGGAUCAAGGCUGUGCAGAUGUGCAGCAAAGCGAGGGAGUUUGCUCUGGCUCUAGCCAUCCUGGAGUGCACCAUCAAACCAGUGGCCUUGCUGCCUGUGUGGAAGGAAUCACUGGGACACACACGGCUUCACCGCAUGACGUCGCUGGAGCGGGAGGAGAAGGAGAAAGUGAAGAAGAAAGAGAAGAAGCUGGAGGAAGAAGAGAUCAUGCAGCAGGCCACCUGGGUCAAAUACACAUUUCCUAUUAAACACCAGGUGUGGAAGCAGAAGGGUGAGGAGUACAGGGUGACGGGCUACGGCGGCUGGAGCUGGAUCAGUAAGACUCACGUCCAUCGCUUCAUGCCCAGACUACCUGGCAACACCAACGCUAAUUACCGCAAAGAGCUGGAGGCUGCCAAGAGUGGAAAGAACUCUUUAGAUCUGAAGAAAGAAAAAAGGGAAGUGAGCCCUGAAACGACAAGCAGCGGCAAAGCAGAGGGGGACCAGGAACCAAAGGCGGAUGAAAAGACCAAGGAAGAAAAGGAAGUUCCAGCAGACAUCCCUGACUCUCAGCUAGAUGAGGCAAAAGGCUUUGCUGGGAACAGAAGUGCUACAGUUCCAGAAGAGAAGCAUGAAGAGGGAGCGCCAAGGCAGUCAUCUCCACGACACCGACCUUUCAACUAUGACGUAGUGAAUGUGAGCGAGGGCUUCCUGCUCCGAACAGCCUAUAAGAAGGUGGUCAAGCCUUCCAAACUGGAUGGGCUGCUCGAGCGGCGGGUCAAGCAGUACGAGAUUGAGGAGAAGCGCCGGCCCGAAUGGUGGAAGUCAGUCAUCGCUUCCAACCCCAAGGUGGUGAUCCAGAGACUUGAGGUUAAAGUGGACCCGCAGGCAGGGAUAACUAUACGACCUGAGGUCAAAUCUGAGCUCAAAUACGAGGUUACAAAGACUGAAGAGGGGCAGGAGUCUGCCGGCUCAGACGAAAAGCUAGCCUGUUCUGCUCUGGGUUCUACAGAAGAGCCAAAGUGCCUCCAAAGAACAGAUGGGUCAGCAGAUAAGACUGUGGAACAGGUAGGGCCUGAUGGAGGCAGGAAAACACCUGGACUGAGCCAGUCUCAGUCUGCUGUUGAGUCAAAUGAUCAGUUAACUACGCCACUUUUCUCAGGUGACGCUGCUAAGCAAUGUGCUAGCGUAGAUGUUAGCAAAGGUAACCAGCAAACAAGCAUAAGUACACCAGCACUCAAUAAUGUAACGUCAUUGGAAGAGAAUGGGCUUGGGUACAAGGAUAAGGAGACCAAGGGAAUAACUGUUAUGGACAGUAUAGCACCUCCAAAGCCUCCUCUUUCAUUGCAAAUGAAUGGAAAAGAUCUGACCAAAAGUGUUGUGACCAAGAUGAAUGAUAGAGGAAUGGAGGAAGACGGAAAGGCUCUGUCGCUCAAGGAGGCUGUGAAGCCUCUGAUGAAUGGAAACACGGUAUUGGAUGGAGAUCCAGAAAGGAGAAACAGCACAGAAGAUAACCCAGAAUACCUUCCUCCUCAGAAAGUGCCCCGUCUGGGUGACACUGUGGAGGAGCUAGCCCUGUCCUCUCCAACUAUACCUCACCCAACCAAGGCAUUGCUCACAAUGGACAGCAAAGAGCACAACAACAUGGAAGCUAAGCUGGACGGGGUUGACGAAGUGACCCAAAGGACACUUGUUCCGUCUCCUGUGCUUUCAGUAGAGGAAUCGAGCCUUAGCAAUGAUUUUGCAGAAAGCAACUGCAAUAAUGGUUCUAAGACAACAACAGAUACCACAGUGGUCACUCAAGUCACCACAACAACAACAACCACGGUUUGUACAGAGUCACGCACAGCCCAGAGCUGCAGUGUUUCCACUCUCACCACCACAACCAAAACCACCAUGACACGUGUGACCUCACCGACCCCACAGGGUCAAUCCGAACGCGUUGCUGUCUCCAAGGAUACAAAGACCACCUUGACCUCCUCAUCCUCUUCCCCCUCGUUAUCAGUGACGGUAAGCCGGGAGCGCUCUACACGAGAGCGGGUCCAACUGCAGAGCUUCAGCCACACCAAGAAGCCACGUUCAGGCUUGGCGCUGCCGUCCUACCGCAAGUUCACCACCAAAAGCUGCAGAAAGAGCAUCUUUGUCCUGCCCAGCGACGAGCUGAAGAAGCUAGCACGGAAAGGAGGCCUCAGGGAAGUGUCCAUCUUCAGCUACAACGCCAAGCCAGCCACAGAUAUCUGGCCAUAUCCUUCUCCAAGACCCACCUACGGCAUCACCUGGAGGUAUCGUCUCCAGACGGUGAAGUCAUUAGCAGGCGUGAGUCUGAUGUUACGGCUGCUUUGGGCAUGCCUUCGCUGGGACGACAUGGCUGUGAAACCUUCCCCUAAUGCUGGCACAACGCGCACAGAAACAUCAGAGACAGAGAUCAUUACCACAGAGAUCAUCAAGCGAAGAGACGUUGGCCCGUAUGGGAUCCGAUCAGAAUACUGUAUUCGGAAGAUCAUCUGUCCCAUUGGGGUACCAGAGGAGCCUAAAGAUACGCCAACACCGCAGAGAAAAGGUCUGCGCUCCAGCGCUCUGCGGCCCAAACGGCCCGAACCCACCAAAGAGACCGGGCCAAUCAUCAUAGAGACAUGGGUGCCCGAAGAGGAGCUCGACCUGUGGGAGAUCCGAGCCUUUUCAGAGCGGGCAGAGAAAGAGAAAGCCCAGGCUGCAGAGCAGGCCAAGGUUAGUGCUCAGAGGAAGGCUAUGGAGCUUCAACAGAAGAAGCGUUUGGAACAAAAGCAAAGUUCUGGAAGUUCAGCGGUCACUCCUUGUAGCAGCCCCUCCACCCCCAGCACUCCCAAAGUCAUUGUAGGGUCCCUCACCAGCCAGGUCUCCCCUGGAACCAAAGUAGUACUCGCUACCAAGAUGGGCACGCCAGUAACAUUACAGCAAAACAAAAACAUACAGCAGACAUUCUCCACCUGGGUCAAAGGCCAAGUGUCCAACAACACUGUCACCUCCGUCUCCUCAACGGCGGGGCAGAUGUUCCAAAUCUCAGGGAGUCCCUUGGCUGGAAAAGUCAUCACGGCCAAACUCCCACUUCCUGCCAACAGCAAGAUCGUCACGCUCAGCGUACCCACCACACAAGGAGGUGUACAGCAGAAGGUUGUUGGCAUAAUUCCAUCCAGCACCGCUGGCAACCAGCAAACCAUGACCACAUUCCAGCCAGCAACGGCCACCAUCAACAUCAGGCCCAACGCACCGGGAACACCUUCACAACAGGUAAUAACGACCGGAGCGCAGCUCAGACCAGGGAUGACUGUAUUGAGAGCCCCAGUCCAGCAAGGGGCCACUCUGGGCAAGACCAUCCUCAGAACACCCCUCGUGGUCCAGCAAGGUCAGGCUGGUCAAGUAGUGACCCAGAUAAUCCGGGGGCAACCUGGCACCCCUGGCAGUCCUCAAAGCAGCGCUCGAGUUGUGGAAACAACACCCCACACGCCCUCCCAGGGGCAGGUCAAACUCACCCUCGCCCAACUCACCCAGCUCACUCAGGGGACACAGAAGCAGCAAGGAGCAGUGGUGGAAAGGCAACAGGCUGGAGGUCAGGGUGUGACGGUGAUGGUUCAGGGUCAGGGCCAGACAACAGGUCAGCUACAGGUGAUCCCUCACGGUGUUACGGUGAUUCCUGGACCCGGGCAGCAGCUCAUGCAAGCUGCUUUACCCAAUGGCCAGAUGCAACGCUUCCUCUUCACACCUGCUUCAGUGGCCACCAGCACCACACCCUCGACACCAGGUCAAACACAGCCAUGUGCCCCCUCCCCCGCACAGCCUGCCCAGCAGGCUGCAGCCCCGGUUCAGGCUGGAGUUCUCGCCCCCAGAACCCCGCCUACAGCCCCCAAGGCCCAAAUGCCUCCCCACCCUCAAGCCCAGAUGCCUAUCCAGUCCCCCACUCCACUCCAGGUCAAAACCACUCUUAAUCAGGUCAACCUAAAACAGCAACAGCCUCAGAUGAGCCCCACAGUGCAGGUGAGGCCCCAAGUGCAGCUGCCUCAGGGGGCUCAGCUCAUCACAGUGCCAGGGCUGCAGUUCCAGCUGCAGUCCCAGCAGGGUGGUUCACCAGGGCAGCCCCUUAAACUGCAGCUGCCCAUACAGAUCCAGCAGCAAGGCGUGGCAGGUCAAGCAGGCACGCAGUCCCACCAGAUCCAGAAUGUGGUGACUUUACAGACAGCCAGCGUCCAGGAGCAGCUCCAGAGGAUCCAGCAACUCCGAGAGCAGCAGCAGCAGAAGAAACGGCAGCAACAGGAGGCAAAGAGGGAGCAGCAGCAGCAGCAAGCUGUUAGCCGUAGUGAGCUCAUACAGAAACAGGUAGUGAUGAAGCAGAAUGCAGUGAUUGAGAACCUAAAGCAGAAGAAGACCGUGACACCUGCAGAGCGAGAAGAGAAUCAGAGGAUGAUCGUGUGUGCCCAGGUGAUGAAGUGCAUCCUGGAUAAGAUCGAUAAGGAUGAGCGUCAGGAGGCGAAGAAGCGGAAGCGGGAGGAGACGGUAGAGCAGAAACGCAGCAAACAAACAGCCAGCAAACUCUCAGUCCUACUUUGCAAGCGCAAAGAGCAGCUCAAAGCAGAGAUCCUGAGGAAAAGAGCGCUGCUGGACAGACAGCUGCAGCAGGAGGUCCAGGAGGAGUUGAGGCAAGACUUGUUGAAGAUUCAGCGAGAAAGAGAGCAAGCUCAGGCCGCUGCAGCUGCCGCCGCCGCCGCUACCGCUGCUGCUGCUGCCGCUGCUGCUGCUGCCCAGGUCACGACCACUCUCCCUGCACAAAAACGCAAGCUAGAGGACGAAAGCGCAGCCAAGACGAAGAAGAAGAAGAUGAUCACCACUACCUCAAGAGAAAGCAAGAAGGACACCAAGCUCUACUGCAUCUGCAAGACUCCAUAUGAUGAGACCAAGUUCUAUAUAGGCUGUGAUUUAUGCACUAACUGGUACCACGGUGACUGUGUGGGUAUCACGGAGAAGCAGGCGAAGAAGAUGGAUGAUUAUGUGUGUGUGGAGUGCAAACGUGUGCAGGAGGGGAGCGCAGAGGAGCUUUACUGCAUCUGCAGAACUCCCUACGACGAAGCACAGUUUUAUAUCGGCUGUGAUCGCUGUCAGAACUGGUAUCACGGUCGCUGUGUGGGGAUUCUGCAGAGUGAAGCGACGCACAUCGACGAGUACAUCUGCCCACAGUGCCAGUCCACUCAGGAGGCCAUGACCGUCCUCACACCACUCACAGAGAAAGACUACGAGGGCUUACGGAGAAUACUGCGCUCACUACAGGCUCAUAAAAUGUCGUGGCCCUUCCUGGAGCCGGUGGAUCCAGAAGAUGCACCUGAUUACUAUGGAGUAAUAAAGGAGCCUAUGGAUCUGUCUACGAUGGAGGAACGUCUGUUGAAGCGCUAUUACAGUAAACUGACGGACUAUGUAGCAGACAUGACCAGAAUCUUUGAUAAUUGUCGUUACUACAACCCCAGCGACUCACCCUUUUAUCAGUGCGCUGAGGUGCUGGAGACCUUCUUCGUCCAGAAGCUCAAAGCCUUCAAAUCUUGCAGGUCUCAUAACAACAGACUACAGUCUACAGCUUCUUAACCUACAGCACCCCUAAGCUCUUUGGUAACUGUAUAACCGGGAAGUCGGUACUCCCAGUGAUGAGGCCCUGUCUGAGACUACUAAGGGAGCACAAUGCACACCCCAGUGGAACUCCUGCUGUUACAGGAUGUGAGGGACUGGUCAAUAGGAUGUGGUCAUCAGGGGCUACAGGACCAUUUCAAGGCAAAAAAGAGGAAAAGAGCAUCAGUUAGCUCUUUUAAAGUGUCACAUAUUGUCACUGUCAUAACAAAACCUUGUGUCUCUAAAAUAGGGAAAGAAAGAAUGUUCUUCACUUUAAAUGGAACUACAUUUUAUUCUGAGGAAUUCUGGCCCAUUUCUGUUGUUAACAGCACAUUAACAUGAUAAAUUAUUCAGUGCCACAAUUUUUUAAUGCAGUUAACUCUUUUUCCUCGUAUGACAUUUCACAUCAGCUGUAGAAGUCCAGGCUAAAGCCCAGCUGCAGUGUGCUGUAUGUUGCUUUAAUAGAAUCCACGAUUGUAAUCCUUUUAUUCAAAUACAGCUUUAAAAUGUUUUUUUAAAGCAAUAUCUUCAGCAGACGUAUGGAAACCUAUGGAUACAUCAAUGAGCAGCAAACUAACAAAAGCAACAGCAAAGUGGAAAGGUCCGGUUCCCCUCCAGAGCCUCCAUGAGCUGAAUGACUGUGGACCACUUCUAUUGGUCCAUGUGUUAAUAGCUCAUUAAUGUGACAAAGUAUUAGCACCACUGAUUCUUUUAGCACCGUUAACUAGAGCUGGGCAAUAUGACAGUAUUUAUCAUUGUGAUAAGUUAUAUCACAGUGUCAUAUCACUGUUGUCGGAAGAAAACCUUGUAUCUCCAAAAUGGUAACUUUACAGUAGAGAAAACCUACUUUACUUUUAAUGUAAGUCUAUAGAA